AUGCAGCCUUCAUUCUCAUUUCCUUUUGAACCAUAUGAUAUACAAAAAAAGUUUAUGAAAGAAUUAUAUUUUACUAUAGAAAAUAAAAAAAUUGGUAUUUUUGAGAGCCCCACUGGAACGGGCAAGUCUUUAAGCAUUUGCUGUGGAGCACUUCAAUGGUUGAAAGAUAACAACCAAAAAAUAAUUAAUGAUUUACAGGCAAACAUAGAUAGGAUUAAAAGUGAACUUACUGCAAUAAAAGAUGGUGAUGAUUGGCUUCAAGAAGAAUAUAUUAAGAUUAAAAUGAAUCAAUGUUUGAUGAUGUUGCAAUUAAAAUUUGAUAAAAUUGGUCAAAGAGAGGUGGAAUUUAAUGAAUUAAAAAAAAGAGUUGUAAAGCAAAAAAAUUAUGUAAGUAAUCCUGAAGAAUAUGUAAAGAACAACAAAAAAGUCCAAGGAAAAGAUAUUAUGGAAAAUGUUGAAAAUAAAGAGAGUGUAGAAGAUCAAGAUCUGUUAGUUGAGGAUUGUAUAGAACAUGAAGAAUCCGAUAACGAAGAGGGUAGUUUAAUUGAUAAGGAUGAUGGUAUUGUGAAGAUUUACAUAAGCAGUAGAACUCAUAGCCAACUUGCACAAUUUAUUGGUGAAGUAAAAAGAACAAUUUUUAAUGAUAAUAUAAGAGUAGUAACUUUGGCUUCUCGUCAGCAUUACUGCAUAAACUCAGAUGUGAAUAAACUUAAAAAUGUUAAUCUUAUUAAUGAAAGAUGUCUUGACAUGCAAAGGACCAAAAUAAAAUCAACUUCAAUUGGAGAAGAGGGUAAAGUAUUGAAGAGAACAAAGACAGCAUCAUGUGCAGCAUGCCCAUAUUAUAAUCUAAAUAAUAUCACUAAAUUGCAAGAGAGAUUGUUAGUUGAUAUAAUGGAUAUGGAGGAUUUAGUUAAAUGUGGCAAACAGUUAAAGGCAUGUCCAUAUUAUGCUACUAGAAUGGCAUUAGAUAAGGCUGAGGUAGUUUUAAUAAGUCAUGCAGGGAUUGUAAGCAGUGGAGCUAGAUCUGGAAUUUCACUUAAAUUACAAGAUAAUGUCCUUAUUCUGGAUGAGGCGCAUGGUUUAACCUCUGCACUGGAAAAUGCUCAUUCUGCCCCUUUGUCGGUGAAGCAAUUGUCAUCUGUUAAGACUUUUUUGGACUUUUACAUAAAUAAAUAUAGAGCACGGCUCAGCAGCAAAAAUUUAUUGCAGCUGAAUCAAGUGAAGUUUGUUAUUGGAAAGCUUUUAGGCAUGGUGAAACCAAAACAAAUUGAUAACAAACAAGCCAAAGUAUUCACUCUUGAAGAAUUUGUUAUAAAUGCUGAGAUAGAUCACUUACAUUUAAGCCCAUUAGUGGAGUUUUGUAGAAACACGAGGCUUGCGCCCAAAUUGCACGGUUUUUCAAUGAGAUAUAGCCAGCAAGCACUUGAACAAGAUAAUGUUAACAAAGAAACCAAUAAGAAGGGAUCAUUAAAAGAAUUUCUUAGUAAUAUUACUAAAAAGAAAGGUGAAAAGGAAAUACAGACUCCAAUAAUAGAAGAAAAGCCUAUUAAUCAGCCUAAUUUACCAACGGAGACGUCGGCGGGCAGUGGAUUGUACGCAGUACUCGAUUUUAUUGAAAUGCUCUGUGACAGAAGCGAAAACGGCAGAAUAUUUGCUCAAAUGGGAGAAAAUGGUCAACUUAAAUAUUUAUUGUUGAACCCGGCAGAACGUUUUGCUAAGGUUGUUAGUGAGUGCCGAUCGGUGAUAGUAGCAGGAGGCACAAUGGAGCCAGUGAGUGAGUUCCAAGCAUUACUCACAAAUAAUACUAUGGAUGAAGAGAGGCUGACCGUGGUCAAGUGUGAUCAUGUUGUGUCCCCGGACAACGUAUUAGGCAUUUGUCUGUCGAAAGGCCCUUCUAACAUCAAUUUGAAUUUUUCAUACGAAAACCGCACAUCUAAAGAUCUGUUGAAUGAAGUUGGUCGAAUAUUAAGCAAUGUUUGUAACAUUGUGCCAGACGGCGUUGUUUGCUUUCUACCCUCGUAUUCUUAUGAGCAAACUUUAUAUGAUCACCUGAGUAGCAGUAAAGCGAUAGAGGUUAUAAGCAAGAAGAAAAAGAUCUUUAGAGAACCAAAAUCUGCUGCACAAGUUGAACAGGUUUUACAAAAGUACGCAUCUGCCAUUAAAAAUAAAAGCGGAUCUGGAAACGGCGCACUUCUUUUGAGUGUCGUUGGAGGGAAAUUAAGUGAAGGACUUAAUUUCAGUGACGAAUUAGGUCGGUGCGUGAUUGUGAUUGGUUUGCCGUACCCGAAUGUGAAAUCACUUGAAUUACAAGAAAAGAUGAAUUACUUGAACAAAGUGACACCUGGUGCGGGAAGCUCUUACUGUGAGAAUUUGUGCAUGAAAGCAGUCAAUCAAUGCAUUGGGCGAGCUGUAAGACAUGCUAAUGAUUUCGCUUGUGUACUGUUGGUCGAUGAAAGAUAUUCACGACCUCAGACUAUAUCGGCUUUACCUUCCUUCAUAAAGAAAUCUUUAUUGCCCAAUUGCACUUUUGGACAAACAAUCGGUAACAUUGCUAAGUUUUUCACAAAGCACCGAAAAAAAAAACAAUUUGUAAAG